GCUGGUUUUUUUCUGUUUUUGUUAUUCUUUUGUUAAUUAUAUGAAACGCUCAUCAUUCAUUUUAAUACCACGUGGUUUAAUUUCAAUGAUAGGAAUAUAAGUUAGAGGAUCACUGGUUCACCUGUGGAUAAGGUAGAUUUUAGCAUCUGAUAACCUCAUUUUUCAGCAGUAAAAUACUUACCUUUCUAUUAAAGCGUUUAUAGUUUGAGGAAUAAACAAUACGCAGAUGUGUGUAUCUAGUGAAAAACUUUUAGAAAAUUGGUUAAGUUGUUCAGCAGGAUAUCCAAUAUUUAGUAUAACGAGACUUGCAAAUGUAAUUCGAUCAUUAUUAGUAAAACAUUCUUGAAAAAUUAAUGAAUUAUGAAUUGAUUAUUCAACAUUGCUUUUUAUAAUUGUAAAAUGGGAAACAUUUACUGAUAAAUAUAGAAUAUUGAUUGUUUUUAGUCAUGCAAAUUGUAUAUAAUUGCAGAAAUAUCGUUCUGUUUUAAAAGAUAAACGGAUAAUUAAUAUUUGUUAAAUGAAAAUCAAAAUGUCUGCUAAAAGAAGUGUUGUUUGCUGCUUUGUGAUUUCUGUCAUCGCUAUGGUAACAAGUACAAAAGUGAAAGUAGCGGUAUAUGAACAUGUUGUCAUAUCACCUGACGAUCCUGAAGCUUAUUUCACGAGACAGGAAGCUUUUCAGUGGAUGUCGAAAAAUUUGGAAGUCUUUGAUGAGCAGUCACAAAAAGCGGCGAAAGAGGGGGCAAAGAUUAUUGUUUUCCCGGAGUAUGGUAUAACAGGAUUUGAUCAUUCACGUAAUUCGAUUGUUCCUUUCUUAGAAGACAUUCCGGAUUCUAGCACAGACUGGAAUCCGUGCAUGGAGCCUGAUCGUUUCGCUGAUACACUCGUGUUAAGAAAUCUUAGUUGCACAGCUCAAAUGUACAAAAUUUAUCUAGUAGCCAACAUGGGUGACAUCAAAAAAUGUGACAUCACGACAGAUAAAACAUGCCCACACGACGGCCGAUAUCAGUUCAAUACAAAUGUUAUUUUUGAUAAUAAUGGACAACUGGUUGCUCGAUACCACAAACUUCACAUGUACGACGAGACACCGCUGUUUGACCCCGCCCCCAAUGCUGAACACGUAUAUUUUGAUACACCUUUUGGAAGGUUUGGAACAAUUGUCUGUUUUGACAUCAUGCAAAAUGAACCUACACAAGUGUUGUUGAAUACGUAUGGUAUUAAAAAUUUACUAGUAACAUCUGCAUGGAGCGUAUUCUUGCCAUUUAUAAUACCGCAACAAAUGUAUUCAGGACUGGCAAAGAAGAACGGUAUCAACGUGAUUGCAUCAAAUAUCAGAAACUCUUUAUAUCAAAUGGCAGGAUCGGGUAUAUUCGGAAAUGAUAUCCAAAGUUUAUCUGAUGUUAACACUAAUGGCACGGAAGGCAUUUUACUAGUGUCUGAAAUAGAAACUGAAGUAACAAAAACAUAUGCUCCAAACACAGUAAUGUCAAUAAACAGUUCUGGUAAAGUUAAGCAAUUCAUUAACGAAACAUAUGAAGGCACUUAUCAUUUCGGUUUAAAUAUGUCUUACGCCAUCAUGGAAGGUCAAUCUGGAAUUGUAACGACGUGCAAAGAUGACGUAUGCUGUGUUGUGACGUAUCAAUUCAAAUCACGCGACGAACACGAGACAAUCAUUCUUAGCGUUGUGGAUGAAAUGAUGUAUGAGCCUGGUAUUUUACACAUGCAAUAUUGUGCCGUGUUUAAAUGUACACCACAUACUAGUCAUUCAUGUGAUUACAACGACAUUUUGGUAAAUUCUGUUUUUGCUGACAUUAAAAUACAAGGAUAUUUUGGCAAUGGUGUCAUUUUUCCUCUUGUAUCUACUAUAAGUAAUUUUAGCCGGCAUGAGUUGACUAUGGAAAUGGACAAGUACACAUUUGAUGAUAAAAAUGCAGUUUUGCAUAGUAGUCAAUUUGACAAGCCUCUGAUUGCCGCAGUUGUAUUUAACACACUUAACUUAGAAGACAUAACAACAGGCAAAUCUAGUAAUGUUGCUUGUAGCGAUUCUUUAGCGUCGUCAGCUUUUCUAUUGGUGUUCAUCUAUUACGCAAUUUAGUUUCAUAUUUUUAUAUUUCUUUUUGCAUAUAAACAUAACAUUUAUAUUAAAUUACAUCUUUAUUCAUUCUUGUUUUAUAACAAAUUGCCUAAACAAGCCAGAGAAAAGCCUAGUAUAUAACUUUCAAAAUACUUCAUGGACGCGUUUCCUCAAUCACACCGAAAGAUCUCUUUUCGGAUGUAUCUGACACAUUUUUACUUACACUGUAACUUGUAAAUGAACAUGUAUUUUGUUUUGCUAAUAAGAUAUUCAUAUGAGCGGAAAACGAGUUUAGCACACUGUAAGUCUUCAAAAAAUAAUUCCCGCGAAUACGUAAAUUUCUUCAAGCUGUGAUUACUGCGAAGUACAAAAAUUAAAACAUAUAAUUACAUCCGUAAUUGCAUGCUAUUUGAU